AGCUAUCAGUCAUAUGUGGAGUCUUACUUUCUGAAAUGUUAAGAUUUGUCAGAAACUAUCCGUGGAUAGCUCUCUUCCUUCUGAGUUUACUAACAGAUGUGGAGAUGCAAUCUGCACAAGUCGCCGAUGUCUUGCUGAAAUGUUGAUCAAUAAAGGACUUACAUCACAGCCACAGAGUGAAUAUUGCUCCCACGAGAUCAGAGUGCCAUUCAUUGAGUACCAGACUCUGUCAGUUGACACAAAGAAUCUCCGCCUAAUAAGUCGUCUGGAAGCCCAACUUGAAUGGGUGGAUCCUGAGUUGAAAUGGGACAGAUCAGUUUACAAUUAUGAUGCGGUUGUCCUGCCAGUUGGAAAGGUCUGGACCCCAUUGAUCAUUGUAACGAAUGGAAUAACAUCAACUAUGAAGCACAGCUCCGAUGAUCUGCUGGUACUGAGUAAUGGCACACUGAAGCACUCUGUGGUCAUAAAUACACAAGUGAACUGUGAAGUCAACCUCUUCAACUAUCCAUUCGCUUAUGAUUCUUGUCCAGUCGCCAUAGAAUCGUGGUCCAAGGACAGUUGUGGUUCUAAGCUGUCAUUUGAAACCGUUUAUAGUGCUGAUGGUCAACAAGGAGAUUGGAAAACUGAAUCUGCGAACCUUUAUCAUAAAACUGAUGAUCGUUAUUACAUCGAGGUGAAUUUAAGUAUCAAAUAUACCAACCCCUUUAUUACAUUACUGAUGCCCAGUAUUCUGAUCAUCUUGGCUGAUAUGGUCAGCUUCGCUCUGCCGCUGGGAGGAGGUGAACGCAACUGUUUCAAGGUCACGCUGGUGCUCAGCUUCACCGUGUUCCUCAACAUCCUCAACGAUAUACUCCCUGGAGACACCGCUUGCAGCCCCGUCAUCCGAAUCCACUUCUGCAUUUGUCUGGUGCUCCUGGUGUUGAGCAUGCUGGUGUCCCUGGUGCUGACACGUUUGGCCAAUGACGGCAGUAUCAUAUCCUGCUCCCGCUCCAAAGGGACAGUCCCAGACAACACAGGAAACAGAGACAAAAGAGAGAAUGAGGAAGCCGAAGCUGACAUAAGUGUGGUUCAGAUUAGCGGCCCAGAGGAGGAUGAACGAAUGCUGAAAAGGGUGGUCAACUUCCUGGAGGCUUUUGACUCGGAGAAAAUGAAAAGUAACAAAAAUUUUAGGUUUGCUGACAAAAUAGACAAGAUAUUUUUCGGGAUCUAUUCCAUAUGCGGAACUAUUUACUUUAUUGCCAUGACAGUCGUUAUGGUAAAAUACACAUGUGAGGUUAACCAUUUUGAAUUCUGGUAUUAAUAAAAUGCUUUUUGUUACUAUAACAAACAGCUAAACUGAGCUCAUACAUUUAAAGUUCUGCAUUUCAAGGCAAAGAGUGAUGCCAAUCUCAGUCUACAUUUAUUAAACUUGUUUAGCUCAUGCUGAGUAGGGCGGUGGUGGCGAAGUCCAUAGGGGCUUGGCCUGGGAACUGGAAGGUCACCAGUUCAAGUCCCCGAAAGACCAAGUGCCACCGUGGUGUCCCUGAGCAAGACACUGGUUACCUACACUGCUCCCCGGGCGCCGUACAUAAUGGCAGCCCACUGCUCCUAACACUAGGAUGGGUCAAAUGCAGAGACUGCAUUUUGUUGUCCUAGUACUUGUACUCUGUGCAAUGACAAUAAAGUUGUAUCUUAUCUUAUUAUCUUAAUUGUCAAAUACUGCAGAUGUGUGUGAACAUAUUUCUGAAAAUAAAACAAAUAAAGGAAUUUCAUGCUUCACCCCUGAAAUCAUUUUGAGACAGUGUUUGUAAGUACAGCUCUGGAGAACAGUUUUUUUGUAUGUUAAUAUAAACAACUGACAACAUUUCUCUGCUUUAGAAA